AUGGCCAAUCUUCUUCAACGACCAUUCCAACUUGCAGACGAGUCUCUCUUCCACUGCUCGUCUCUAAUCAAUGGGGACUUCGUAUCCGCCAAAGAUGGUACAACAUUCAACGUUAUUGAUCCAGGAUCCGAAAAAACGUGGGCAUCUUGUCCAGACUGCACGGCUUCAGAUGUUGAUUCCGCUGUCGCAUCCUCAUAUGAAACCUUCAAGACUUACUCAAAGACAACACCACGCUUCAGAGCACAGGCUCUUAUGAAAUGGCAUAACCUUAUUUUUGCUGCGCGAGAGGAUCUAUCACGCAUUCUCGUCCACGAGACAGGGAAGACACUCGUGGAGGCACGCGGCGAAAUUGACUACGCCCUUACCUUCGUUUGGUGGUUUUCUGGAGAGGCUGAUCGGGCGCAUGGCACUUCACUUACCUGCGCUAUUCCUGGUCGGCGAGCAAUUACCAUUAAACAACCUAUUGGUGUUGUAGCCGCCCUUGUCCCAUGGAAUUUCCCAAUCGCGCUGGCACUACGUAAGGCUGCUGCUGCCUUGGCUGCAGGAUGUACCAUGGUCAUCAAGCCAUCACCUGAGACGCCUUUGACAGGUGUCUCAAUAGGAUACCUUGCUUUGGAAGCCGGGUUCCCUCCCGGAGCAUUGAACGUGGUGACAACUUCACUAGAAAAUACACCAACCGUGGCAGAAGCUCUGUGCUUGGAUGCAAGGGUCAAAAAGGCAUGCAUCACUUCAAACAGAGUUUUCGUGCACAACGAUAUCUAUGACACUUUCGUCGAAAAGAUUGUACAAGAAACGCGUAAAUUGAAGGUCGGACACGGUAUGGAGGAGAGUAGUACAAUGGGCGCGUUGACAACCCCGCGCGGCCUUGACAAGGCUGAAGAACUGUAUCAGGACGCCAUUAGCAAGGGCGCGAAGACGGUCCUCGGUACUGGGAGACGAGAAGAUGGAGACGGUUACUUCAUGGCCCCCACGAUAUUGACUGGAAUGGAAGACAACAUGCUCAUGACUCAUGAAGAAAUCUUCGCGCCUGUACUCGGAUGCUAUCGCUUUGAAAGCGAAGACGAAGUGGUGCAAAGAGCAAACGACACGCCUCUAGGGUUAGCUAGUUAUGUGUUCACAAAGAAUGUCGACAGACUAUGGCGGUUGUUUGAAAACCUAGACGCGGGGAUGAUUGGUCUGAACACGGGUAACGGCUCGUCUGCUGAAGCGCCGUUUGGCGGUAUGAAAGAUAGCGGACAUGGAAAGGAAAGUGGAAAAGAUGUUGCAAUUGAUGAGUUCUUGAUUAGCAAAACUGCUACCUUGACAAUUGAUGGACAUCAUUGA